AUGGCAGAUUACAGAUCAAACUUCUACGGUGACAACAAUAUGCAAAUACAGCCUUACUAUGGUCCCCCAUCAACUACAGGGACCAAAGAUUUCAGGUCCUACAGCGACUCUUACUACACACCGCCGCCGCCGCCGCCGCCGCCGGAGAAGCUCGAGAGAGGGAAGAGCGCAGGUGGGUCGGGUUCAAAAUCUUGGAUUUUUAACGACCCUGAGCUGCAGAGAAAGAAAAGGAUUGCUAGCUAUAAAGUGUACUCUGCUGAAGGGAAAGUCAAAGGGUCUUUUAGAAAGAGCUUUAGGUGGCUUAAGAACAGGUACACUCAGGUUGUUCAUGGCUGGUGGUGA